UUUCUUUUCACUAUAACACCGCCACUCGUCCUUUGGAUAGUACAGUCAUGACAGAUCUCUCUUCUAACCGCCGCCUAUAAGCUCCUGUAUCGCCGACCAGCCUUAACAUUACUUGCGCCUUGCCUCAGCCUUUACCUGUAAGUAUGCAAGUUGAUGUCUCUACUCCGGAACCAAACUGUAACAACUAUCAAGAAGCUCCUUCACUGCCAGGGAGGCAGGAUUGUAAUGUAAUGAUUCAGUCAUCUUUUGUGCGUAGUGUAGGAUCCAUGGAUACAACUCAGUUACAUGGUAAGCGGAAAACACCGUUGCAGCCUCAACCGUUGGCUGUGCAAAAUAAACGGAUGGUACAGAACCGAGCAUGGGCCUCUGAGCUAAAUAAAGGUCCCAAGCCGGUUCAGUCAGCUUCUGUUUCACCUAAAACACAGUAUUUGCCUGCUUCUUUUUCUUGUAAUAAACCUGUGAAGCAAACUACUACAGCGAGGAAACAAGUUUCACUGCCGCUGAAACCACAGAACGAGUCUUCUACUAUUGUGAGGUCCAAAAUGAGAGAAUCGUUAGCAGGUGCACUCGCAAUGGUACAGUGCCAAAAGGAAGCUACAAGGUUACAUAGUGAGACUGUAACUAACUCUGUCAAAGGUCUUGUUAGUGAGCCAGAGUCAGCUGCUUCUGGAGUUGAUGGGAUGGUGUCUAAUGGGAACCCUGCAGUGUUACCGGAGACUUUAACCAUGGCCAAGACAAGUGGUAACGAAGAGUUAACUGCAGAAGAACCCUUUCCGCAAGCCAAUGUUUCAUAUACUGACAAUGUGUUUACAAAAGAUUAUCUUCUGCAAGGGAAUGACCUCUCUUGGGAUGUAGAGUCAGAUAUAGAGUUUACAGAAGAUUGUCAAAAUGAGAUAAUUGGAGAAAGGGCUAAUGGUUGGAGUCAGGAAAAGAUGUUGCUGGAUCCAAAAGUUUUGGCGUUUAAAAUAGAGGCAGAGCUGUUUAAGUUAUUUGGCGGUGUGAAUAAGAAGUAUAAAGAGAAAGGAAGGUCACUCUUGUUCAAUUUGAAAGACAAGAGUAAUCCUAAGCUCAGGGAAAAGGUUAUGUAUGGAGAGAUUGAAGCAGGGCGACUGUGUUCAAUGUCAGCUGAGGAACUUGCUUCAAAGGAACUAGCGGAGUGGCGACAAGCCAAAGCAGAAGAGAUGGCUCAAAUGGUUGUUCUGCAGGACACAGAGGUGGACAUCAGAAGCUUGGUAAGGAAAACACACAAGGGUGAGUUCCAAGUGGAAGUUGAACCAAUGGAUAGUGGCUCUGUGGAGAUCUCUGUUGGGUCGAGUUCGCUUAACUGGUCUCGACCAAAGAAUGUCAAGAAGAAAACACUUGGAGUCAAGAACUCUAGUGAGGGAUCUGCUCUAACUAACGGUGUCACAGUAGAUGAUGUGACUGGAUCUCUUCCUCCAAUUGUUUCUCUUGAUGAGUUCAUAGAUUCAGAAUCUUUGUCUUCAGAUAUUGGGAAAGGACCUUUAGUUUCAGAUAAUAAUGAUGCAGAGGCGGUUACAUCACCAAAAGAAAAAGCUAAUACGGAUCUUCUUGGUACAUCACCAGUUAAGGCCGAGGGUGAUGACUUAGUAUCCUCAGUGCCUCAUUCUGAUUUGAAAUCUGUUUCCAUACCUACGGGUGAACGUCUAUGGGAAGGUGCAUUCCAGUUGAGUGUUUCUUCUGUGAUCUCUGUCAUCGGCAUUCUGAAAAGUGGUGAAAAGACUAGUACAAAAGAGUGGCCUAUGUUGCUUGAGAUCAAGGGUAGAGUCAGAUUAGAUGCAUUUGAGAAGUUUGUUCGAGAGCUCCCAAAUUCCAGGAGUCGUGCUGUAAUGGUUAUGUGUUUCGUCUGCAAAGAAGAGUACUCCAAGACAGAACAUGAAAACAUUUCUGAGGUGGUGGAUUCAUACGCAAGAGAUGAGAGAGUUGGUUUCGCUGAACCGGUUUCAGGAGUCGAGCUUUACCUUUGCCCAAACCGUGGCAAAACCACCGAGAUUUUAAGCAAGAUUGUUCCAAGAAACCAACUUGAUUUCUUGAAAUCUUUAGAUGGUGAUGGUCUUAUAGGUGUUGUUGUAUGGAGAAGACCACAAUUAAAAAAACCACCACUACUAUCUUACUCUCACAAGAACCAUCCAUUAACCACACUUCUUAAUACGUCUCGUUACGGUAGCAUGCCACAGGUCAACCAUGAUGAUGGUGGUGAUGUGCCGCCGGGGUUUGGUCCAAUGGCCGUGGCUCGGGAUGAUGAUGAUGACUUGCCUGAAUUUAACUAUUUGUCUCGUGGAGAUGUUGUUAUGAACCGGACCAGCCGGUCUGAUUCUGUAAGAGAACUAAUUCAUAAAUAUGGAAAAUCUGAGCCUUUGUGGAAUAAAGGUUUUAAUAAUGAUGGCAUACUACCAGAAUGGCAGCCUCAACCAAACCCAACGAACGUAAAUGGUGGCUCAAUGGUUAGACCACGUAGUGAGUGGUGGACUCAUCAGGCCGGAGGAUAUUAAUUGGCAUUUUUGUCCAAGUUUUGAAGAGUUUGUUUGUUUCUUUUGUAUUGUAGAUGCUCUAAAACUGAGUGCUUUUAGUUUCAAUCAGAUCUUUGAAUUUUGCGUUCAUAAUGGGCCUGUUAGGCAAACUCAUUGUUUUUUCACUUGUGUGUUAA